UAUCAGUAGGUUGGUACUGUUACCGUACGUUUCGGAGGCUGAUACAAAUUAGUAUCGCUUAUUUUUAUUAUUCGCAAUAAGAGUCAUGCAUUGGUUGUAGUUGAAACAGUAAAAGGUACCCUCUGUCAAAAUGAUAGGGGGUUUAUUUGUGUAUAACCAUAAGGGAGAGGUACUCAUCUCUAGAGUGUACAGAGAUGACAUUGGACGAAAUGCAGUUGAUGCAUUUCGUGUGAAUGUUAUCCAUGCCAGGCAACAAGUACGCUCCCCUGUUACUAAUAUUGCAAGAACAUCAUUCUUUCACAUAAAACGUGCUAAUAUAUGGUUGGCUGCUGUUAGCAAGCAAAAUGUUAAUGCAGCAAUGGUGUUUGAGUUUUUAUUAAAAAUUAUUGAUGUUAUGCAGUCAUAUUUUGGUAAGAUUUCUGAGGAGAACAUCAAGAAUAACUUUGUGUUAAUUUAUGAACUGUUGGAUGAAAUUUUGGACUUUGGAUAUCCUCAGAACUGUGAUACAGGUGUAUUAAAGACAUUCAUUACUCAACAAGGAGUGAAAUCAGCAACAAAAGAAGAACAAGCCCAAAUAACUUCCCAAGUAACUGGCCAAAUUGGAUGGAGAAGGGAGGGUAUUAAAUACAGACGCAAUGAAUUAUUCCUUGAUGUUCUUGAAUAUGUGAAUCUCUUAAUGAGCCCUCAGGGUCAAGUGCUGAGUGCACAUGUUGCUGGGAAGGUUGUGAUGAAAUCUUAUUUGUCUGGAAUGCCAGAAUGCAAAUUUGGAAUCAACGAUAAAAUUGUUAUGGAGGCUAAAGGUAUGAAAGGUGGAAGUGGUCUGGGAGGUGGAGGAGAUGAUCCUACUGGUGCUAGAUCUGGGAAACCUGUCGUUGUAAUUGAUGACUGCCAAUUUCAUCAGUGUGUCAAGCUUAGUAAAUUUGAAACAGAACAUGCCAUCAGUUUCAUACCUCCCGAUGGAGAAUUUGAGCUUAUGAGAUAUCGUACAACUAAGGAUAUAUCAUUGCCAUUCCGUGUGAUUCCAUUGGUGCGUGAAGUGGGGCGUACGAAGAUGGAAGUAAAAGCAGUACUAAAGUCAAACUUUAAGUCCUCUUUGUUAGGACAAAAGAUCGAGGUUAGAGUACCGACACCUUUAAACACUGCAGGAGUACAAUUGAUUUGCUUGAAAGGGAAAGCGAAAUACAAAGCAUCCGAAAAUGCAAUUGUAUGGAAGAUUAAGCGCAUGGCUGGUAUGAAGGAGACUCAAUUAUCCGCCGAAAUCGAUUUGCUUGAAACUGAUACGAAGAAAAAAUGGACUCGACCACCGAUAUCGAUGAACUUCGAAGUACCGUUCGCUCCAUCUGGAUUCAAAGUACGCUACUUGAAAGUAUUUGAAUCCAAAUUGAACUAUUCUGACCACGAUGUUAUAAAAUGGGUGAGAUACAUAGGUCGAAGUGGUCUGUACGAGACACGAUGUUAAUAAUCAUCGCAUUAAUUGUAAAUGAGUAAUCUCAAUGCA